AUAAUUUUAUUGUAAACAGGAAGUAUUGAGACCAACUGAAUCAUCAAAUGACAAAAAUAAUCUUAAAAUAAAUAAUACCUAAUCUUAGUCUAAGGCCUAAGUUUACUUAGUAUUCAAAAUAAUAUAAGGCAGAGAAAGAAGUAGAUCUAGAUUUAGAUCUAUACAACAUUUUUUGUGAGUAAAUAUUAAUAAGUUAAUAACCAUGUUUGCCCAAGUACAGCCAAGUUCCUCCUCCAGUCAAGGGAAUAAUUCAGGGCUCUAUGAGGAGGUGAAACUGUACAGAACAACAAAAGAAAGAGAAAAAUAUGACAACAUGGCUGAUUUGUAUGCUGUAAUAAACACACUGCAGAGUUUGGAGAAAGCUUACAUUAGAGAUGCCGUCCUUGCUAAAGAGUACACAGCUACAUGCUCCAAACUUUUAGUUCAGUAUAAAGCUGCUUUCAAACAAGUACACAGUGACUUUUCUACAAUAGAGGAGUUCAUGAAAAAGUAUAGGCUGGAUUGUCCAGCAGCACUAGAGAGAAUCAAAGAAGACAGGCCUAUUACUAUUAAAGAUGACAAAGGAAAUACAAGUAAAUGUAUAGCAGACAUAGUCUCUCUUUUUAUCACUGUUAUGGACAAACUGAGGCUAGACAUUAAAGCUAUGGAUGCAAUUCACCCAGACCUACAAGAACUUGUAGAAACCAUGACACGUCUCAGCCUCUUACCUCCAGACUUUGAGGGCAAACAGAAAGUGCGUAAAUGGUUGGAAACACUUGGCAACAUGCAGGCUUCAGAGGAAUUAGAUGAGACACAGGUCAGACAGAUGCUCUUUGAUUUAGAAUCUGCUUACAAUGAAUUUAACAGGGUCCUGCACGAUAAUUGAUUUUCUGCUAUUUAAAGAAUUCUGUUAUAGUAAAUACAAUAAUAUGCUAGUAUUAUUUUACCAGAUGGGGACAUUUUGGGGAAAUAAGUGUUAAAUAGGAAUGUUAGGCAUCUGACUGUAUUAAAUUAGGGUUAAUUUAUUUCUAAAAAUUCAAAUGCAAUUUUUCCAAUAGUUGUUAAGACAAUUUUUUUUCUGUGGUAUGUUGGUGUAGUGCUUACUGGUUUUGUUCAUAAUAAUAAUAAUAUUUGAAAAAAAAAAACAAUUGAAAUAUUUUUUUUUCAUUGCAAGUAUGUCAGCUUUUUACACUGCAAUCACUGAUACUAUUAAUUUCUGAUCUUUGAAAACAAAGUUAUUAUAUUUGUAACAAAUUUGGAUACGGUAUGAACUUUCAUACUAUGUACAUAGUUCAUUUUCCAAGAAAAUAUAAACAUUGAAUUUUGUGAAUGUCCAAAAUUAUACUUGCUGUACAUAUUAUAAUUAAAGAAGUCUUUUACAUAAUUUCACUGUUUUCUAAUAUUUCUAUCAAUUUUCU